AUGGCCGACAAGAUCAGCUCCAUCACCGACCUCCCUCUCGAUAUCCUCGUCCUCGUCUUCCCCUACCUAGAUGCGAAGUCCUUCCUCGCCCUCUGCAGUACAUGCAAGUCAUUUCACCAGCCAUCGAUACGGCUCGACCCUCCAUACUGGAGCUACCUCGUCCGCAACACAUUUCGCGUACCCAACCAGCCUGUUGUACAACAUGAUGGUGAUCGAUGGCAGAAGAUGUAUCGGCGUCUCCUUACCCAGAGCCGCGUCUUUACAUGGGGGAACAACUCGCAUAAUCGCCUAGGACACGCUCCCCAAGCGUCUGGUGGGAUUCGUUCCAAUUGGGGUAUGAUGAGAGGACCAUUCGUACGAAGGACCGGUCCUCCGCCUCAGUCACAAAGUCCAGUUGAGAUGGAACAUACACGAAACCUAGGUGUCAUUGCCGAUAUGCAGUGUGGUGGCUGGUCUACGACCCUUCUAACAUCCAAAGGCUCCCUCCACAUAGCCGGUGUUCUCGAUGGUCAGAGAGUGUUUCAUGAGAGUGCGCCCUUGGAACUACUGCACUUUCCAGAAGGCUACCCUUCCCAUGCCGGUACUGCUCAGUAUGAAGAGCCCGCCGUCGCUAUCCGACAAUUCUCGGCUGGACGAUCGCAUGUACUGGCAGUGUCAGACAAUGGCAAGAUUUGGUCGUGGUAUAGUAAGAAACAACCUGCUCUCCAGGUCAAGUUUGCAACUCUACAGCUGAAUGAGCUCUCCCUGAACAAAGACUCAAGCACGCCGUCCUCCAAUUUCGGACAGAUCAGGCAGGUUGUAGCGGGAUGGAGCCGCAGUUCAGCGUAUGUGCAUGGCGUUGGUAUUGUAGUUUGGGACCCCGUGGAACGCGAUCAUGACGAUCAGGGUACAGAUACUAUGCUUGUUAUGGAACAUUCGGAAGUACCAAAGUCCAAUUAUCAACGAUCAAAGACAACGCGCGAGUCGGAUGAGCAGAGAAUGCUCGGCGAAGAGGUCGGCGUAGUCUUGAGCUACAUCAUACUGGAACACUAUGUGGUCUUCGCUACGGAUAUAGGCAAGGUCUUCUGUGGUAGAUUCGAGGAUAAGAACAAGAUUGACGAUAUUCUUGAACUCAAGCAAGUGCGCCACGACAAGGGAGUUCCCCUAGAUAUCCAGGGCUCGUUCCGUAGUUUCGCAGUCUUCAGAGACGGCGAGGUCAUCACGAGCGACCAGAACUACCUAGAGGCAUGCUGGACCAAUCGGCGGGAGGACCCCGAACAGACGAAUAUUCAGGGCCUCAAAAAGAUCCCCGCUCUUCAAAACAGUGGCGUCAUUUCAGUUGCGUUCGGUGACUACCAUUACCUUGCCCUUCACUCCAACGGCAGGAUCACGUCGUAUGGAACUGAGAACAGCGGCUGUGGGUCGCUUGGCCUGGGCUCGAAUAAGGAAGCAGUAGUCGGCAAGGCCCGUGGUCUAACAUACGACCAAUUUAACGGCAACGGACGACUGCUACCCCAUGCUUAUAAAAAUGGUCGUCAGAUCUGGUUUGACGAGCGAAAAAACGACUGGCUGGCCCAAGUUAUCAAUGAGCCAACAGACGACAAAGAGAGCGAGGAACGGAAACAGAUAUGGGAGCACCACCACAAUGUCCAAGGCGAAGUGAGCGAAUGGUUCGAACAGGAGGCCAAGGCAUGGGACCAAGAUGGUGGUGAAGAUGGUUUGGGCGCAUACUUUGCUUUAGGUGUGAGUGCCGCGGGUUGGCAUUCCGGAGCCCUUGUCUUGGUCAACGAAGAGCUGGCUACGAAAGAGCCUACCUAUAAUCGUGAGAAAAGGUCGUUUCCGCGACUUAAGCUCUCUGAUGGUACGGAGAUGCCGGGCGAGAAGGACUUUGAUGAGUGGAGAGAGGGCUGUCCAGGUUUCCAGCUCGAUGCUGCCAACGUCUAGAUCUCUCUCUCUCUCUCUUCCUUGAUUUCUUUGAGAAGACGUCAUGGGGCUCUAUUACACAAACAUCCUUGCAGCGAUCCACAAUUAUCCUAGAUGAAUUCUUGGGCGUACAUAAUACACAUUCCAUCCUAUCGAGCACAUCUCACGCUAUGACCAAAACAGUGAGUGAAUAUGAUGUUGCGUAUUUGAAAUACUGCCACGUGUCUCAUGACACACAUCAUUGAAUACGAGAAGCAUUUGAGAGCUGGAGUAGAUGGCAGAAGAUGGAACAAGGCGAUUACGAAACGUGAUUGGA